AUGAGACUCUAUCCACAAUUUAUAAUAUGGACAUACAUCGUUUUGCCAGCGAUAUGUAUUUUCCUAGCUCCAGCCUUCAUUUCUCUUUUCGUGAAGGCUCAACAACAAAAAGUCAAAAUUUUAUCUAACAUUAUAAACGCAAAAGCUAGAACCGCCUCAGCUUUAGCUAAGAACCAUGCUAAAAUGCACCAUCUUAGGCCUACUCGAUUUUCCAAUAUAAUUGACAAAAAAGGUGGUCUCAAAAUGAGAUCUAAAAGAGAUGUUGAAGAAAUGGUGCCCCUCAAAGGAACACAUUGGGAUCAGCAAGAAGAAUCGAUGGGACAAUUACAGAAUAUGUGGAACAUGAAUAUGAAUAAUAUGAUGAAUGAUGGGAUUUUGAGAGAGGCUGAACCCGAGGCUGAUCCGCAUAAAAAAAAUAAAAGACCCAAACACCACAAACACGGAAAGAAGUUUAGAAGUAGCCAGCAAGAAUUUGAAACCUUAGGAAGCCCACGAGUUUACGAUGAUAGAAAAAAGUACGAAGACGGACCUGAAUCUUUCACAGGAUCAUUUUUUGGUAGAAACGUUUAUGAUGAUUUUCUAACACAAGUAAAUGAACCAAUGGAAAAUGAAUUUGCAAGGUCCCACCACAAAAAAAAAUAUAAGAAGUACAAUAAAAAAGGACAUGAUUACCCAUAUUAUUCUGGUAACUACUACAGAGAUGCUGAUGCACCAAUGAUAAUGGAAAAUGCUCCUCGUGAGGAUAUAAUCUUUCGUGAACCUAAUAAUCUAAUGUCGGUUCACGUUGAACCAAUGCCCGAUUUCCAGUUUGAGCCUCACGAUGAUCAUAUGGAUAUGAUGCUUAGAGAACAAGCUCCAAAUCCCAAUAUGAUGGAAUUUAAUUUGGAACUUCCCCAAGAUCAUCAACCUGCAGCAUUUAGAAGAAAUAAUGAGAAUGAGGAAAUGGCGAUGCAAAACAUGCCUCAGGAGUUUAUGUUAAUGGAACCCAAUUUAAUGCAGCAAGAAACUAGAAGUUCAUCAGAUGGUGAAGAAUUUCGAAAAAAUCCUGAUAUACUUAGAUCCCUUCCAGAUAUUUAUGAUACAGGUUAUGGAGGAAUUUAUGGUAGCGGCUCUGGUAGCAGUUAUGGAAACUAUGACAGCAGCUAUGGCAAACCAAAGGGCAAAAAACUCAAUAAAUAUGGUGGUUACGAUAAUGAUUAUGACUAUGGUAAUCAGAAAAACAAAUUCGAUCCAUUUAAACUCUACGAAAAAACACUUGAAGAACUAGCAGACAUCAAUAAGCGAGUCAAUAAGCAAAUUGAGGAAAACACCAAAAACUUACUUCAUCCUGAAAAACUUUAUAAAACUCCUAAAAUAUAUCCACAGAUUCCUGUAGCAAAUUACGCAGAUGAUUAUAACAAAUAUGACGAUGGAAACAUUAAUGGCGGUUACAUUGACAUUCCUUCCAAUGGUGGCUACAUUGGAGGGGCCGACCUGUACAAAGAAGCAAAAAAAGCUAAUCCAGACCCCAGCUUCUCCCAUACAAUUAGUCACUCCCAUUCAUUCACACAUAAUACAGAUACAGAUUUAUUCAAAAAACACCAGUUGAAAAAAUUACCUCUAAAACCAAUUCAUCACUUGAAUAAAGCCGAAGCUCACUCAAAAUCCCUACAUUUCAAACAUGGAGGAUUUUCUCAAGCGGAUUCGAAGAGUAUUUCCCAUGGAACUACACCAAAUCUUUUUGAAGAGACUCAAGGCUACGGACACACGAUAUCACAAGCCGCAGCUGCUCAAGCUGCAGCUCAAGCGAACACUCUACGCAAUUACAAUGGAGGAUUCAGUCAAGCAGCUGCUCAAGCUAAUUCUGCCAAUCAAUUCAACAAUCGUGGAUUUGGAAAAGCACAAGCAGCUGCUCAAGCCAAUUCUGGAAGUCAAUUCAACAAUGGUGGAUUUGGUCAAGCACAAGCAGCUGCUCAAGCCAAUUCUGGAAAUCAAUUCAACAAUGGUGGAUUUAGUCAAGCACAAGCAGCUGCUCAAGCCAAUACUGGAAAUCAAUUCAACAAUGGUGGAUUUAGUCAAGUACAAGCAGAUGCUCAAGCCAGCUCAGGAAACCAUAUAAAUGGCGGAUUUAGUCAAGCACAAUCAGCUGCCCAAGCUCAAGGUACAAGUGGUCAAGCAAAUGCCCAAGCUAAUUCAAAUGGUAAUUGGAAUAACGGAGCAUCUGCUCAAGCUGCCAGUCAAAGUUUCAGUAAUGCUGCAUUCGGCCAGCCCCAUGUGGCAGCUCCAGCUAACUCAGGCCCACAAUUUUUCCAAGUUCUUGCUCCAAGCAACUUUGUUAACGCUCGCUCUAAUGAUGACAACCAACGCAAACCAAAUAGUGGAUUCGUUAUGCCUCAUUUACAAGAAAUACCAGUUGCUGAUACUCUACAUGGUAUGUUGGAUAAAAAUGACAGAGUCACUAGAUCUCACGGUUUAAAUUUGGCCUCGAGCAUUGUCGACUCUAGUUUGGCAUUAAAUCAACCUGAAGGCCAAAAAACAUCAAGUUUCGUUGAAGAUAUUGAAGAUUCUAGUGAAACAUUUGACCACAAAAAGCACUCUAGGGAUAAUAUUUUUGAAGGCCUAAAUCUUGCUUCAGGAAUUGUCCAUGCCAGCUUGGAUAAUCCUUUGGUUCAUCAACACAAAAGGGCAAAUAAUGAUAGAAAAACCGUUCAAGAAGCUAUGAAUUUGGCCAGUGGAAUAGUAGAUUCCAGCUUGAAAGUUGGUUCACAUGGGCAACCUGAUUCUUUAGAAUCACCAAAAGGUAUGUUUUCUCCCAUAUCAGAUAUAGUUCAUAGAAGUAUAAGACACAAAAGGCAAAUAUUUGAAGGCAACAAUAAUUAUCCUUGUCCUGUCAUGAUAGAGAAUAGGAAUGAUGCUAUUGUUGGACAAGGACCAGAAACUAAUUUUCCCAAACAAGAUCCAAUCAAUUGUCCUGAUAUGACGGAGAACAGGAAUGGUGCAGUUGUUAGAGCAGCACCAGAACAGAAUAUCCCCCAACAGGAUACCACCAUUACAGAACCACCAAGAGCUGUGAUAUCAAAAAUGCAUCCAGAUCAACAAAAAAAUCAGGCAAACAAUGAUAAAUGGAACAAUGAAUCUACAAACUUCGACGACGAAAUGAUUGAAAUGAUUAAUCCAGAGGAUCCUGAGUUUACUAGUGUCAAUACACCACCUAUGGAAGCCGAUAAAAAAGCAUCCAAAGAAUUGGACCGUGAAAAAGAUUCACUACUAGUUGAUGAUUUAAAGAUUAUUGUGCAUCCUAAGAACGACGAAGGAUUUUAUGAAGAGUUGGAGAGCCAAAAAAAAGUUGAACAUGUGAUUGAAGAUUCUAUUUCUAGUACUACUGAAGGUUUGAAAGAUAAAUCUGGAAAUACAGAGCAAACUAUUGACAAAGUGUCAGCUUUGAUUGAACCAAAUAAAGACCUUUCAACAUUGACUUCAGAAGAAAUAGAAGAUGUUCAGUUUAGAUUACCUGAUGUUACUGAAACAGUGCAAAACCACCAACAAGAUACGGAAUUAUUGGGAAGUCCUCACAAAAUAUCAGAGAGUGAUCCAUUGGCAAGCAUCGAAAAAGAAAUGAGCGUUCUAACUGAAGAAGAACAGGAAGCUUUUAUAAAACAAGAAAUGGCUUUAAUUGCUGAUUUUAUUGAGGAAACUUUGCAUAAAGAACCCUUACCUCAUAUUAAAGAGCCUGCAAAUAAAAAAACAGAAGACCAUGAUAAAGUACCAGACGAAAAGCACCAUGAGAUACCAACAAUCAAAGAACCAGAAGCAGUAACCCAGAAUCCUUUAUCUCAUCAAUCAACUACAACAGAAAAAAAUCAACAAUCUCACUUAGUCCCUUCGCCUAAUGAUCCUGUAGAAAAUUCCAAGAAUUCUGAAUCAACCCAAGAACCACAAGAAAGAUUAUCUUCACCACACCUCUUACAAGCUCCUGAAAGAGACACAGAUCAUAUACCUUAUGACAGACAUGCAAGAGCACCUUUUCCAUUUGACCAAUCUUUUGACGAAAUCGUUGGAGCUCAAAGAGAAAAGCUUCACGAAAUCCACAAAGGAGCUAAUCAGGAUGCGAAUUUAAUGUUAAUAAGUUUUAUUGGAGAAGGAAUUAUAAAGGAUUUGGAAAAUAGCAGACGCCAAAUUGAGGAAAAAGCAAGAAGUAGUAAUAGAAACCGCCAUAAAAGAAAAAUUGAUUACCUCAAUCCGAAUUAUUAUCCUAUCCAACAACUGGUAACAGACCCUAGAACAAAAAUUGAUGUUCCAAAGACUUUGGAAAAUGUCGGUACAGUUGUACGGUACACUUUUGAAGAUCCAAGAGCUCCAAUGUACCAUCUAAGAAAUGCACUAGGCAAUACCAAAAAUACUGUAAUGGCUGCCGUAAAAGUACCACCAAACAAUAUCUUAUUACCAACUCAAUAUGAAGUAGCCAGUCUUUCGGAAGACGUUGGUGCUAUCAAUCCAAUUAUGGUAAAUUCCAGAAGCGGAUUUGACAAUAUUCAAGAAGAUCCUUUUGGAAUUGCAAAUACUUUUCAACAACUUGGAGGCAUAGUGCAGGGAAGUGUCAAUAGUGGAAAAGAUGUUGUGAGGCACGCGACAGACGUAGCAUCUGAUAUGAAGCAAGUAUAUUACACUUCGAAAAAUUCCGGCCCUCUUACAAUGUUGCCCAGUCAAAUUCCAGUAAUCACUAGCAGAUUCGCUGGGCCUACUCCAGCAAUAUUUCUAGCUCCAAGGGUAGUGGAUUUAGUGAGUACCGCCCAAGAACCACCUCCAAGGCAGUUUGUCGGAAUGGGUAAUAUUUUAGAUGCAGUAGGCGUUUCAAAGCCAGCUUAUAAGAUGGAGAGGACUAAGUGGAAACCAAUUGAGAGGAAAAGGCAACAUUUUUUAGAUCCUGAAGAGGAGGAAAUGCGAAAACCAAACUUGAAACAUUUUUUUAAUAAAAUGCAUCAAGAAAUGAAGGAAAUUUUGACUGCACAGCAUGAAGAGCGGAAAAGGAAACUAAAAGACCCUGCUGUUUCACUCAAUAACAAGAAGGAAUAUGAGUUUGCUAAAAAGAAAUCUACAACAAGUCCCCCUUCAAUUAAUUAUGACAAGGUAAUUGAUGAACACCAGCAUGUAACAUUACCUCCAGAAAUAUUAGGAAUAUUCUCACAAAAUAAUCCAGUUUCAAAUCAAAAUGGUUUACAUUUGCAACCAGAGUUAAUGAAGCCAUUCAUGGGACAAGCGUCUGAAGAUGAAUUCAGCGAGUUUAUGAGAGAAAAUGGAGAUGAAGAAGCUUUGGAUGGAAUAAAUAAAGAUGAGUUAAGAAGACAAAGUCAACCUGUAGAAAUUAAAUCAAGAUUUCAAUAUUCAAAUGAAAAUGAUCAAGUUGGUUUAAAUUUGCAACCAGAGUUAAUGAAGCCAUUUAUGGGACAAGCGUCUAAAGAUGAAUUCAGUGAAUUUAUGAGAGAAAAUGGAGAUGAACUGCCUUUGGAAAGAAACAAUGAAAAGGAAUUUAGGAGACAAGUUUUGAAUCAAAAUCCUGUAAAAAUUGAAUCUAGAUUUCAACAAUUUGAUAAAAACAGUGAAAAUGUUCAACCUCCUGAUAGAAAAGUUUCAUCAUAUCCAUUCCCAUUAAAUUUCAAUAUUGCCCUUCCAGCUGAUGGGCAAUUGAAACCUAUAAUUCUUAAAGAUUUUUUACCUUCUGAAGGGGAUAUCAUGGUAGGUCAAAAAAACCUGCAAUAUACAAGUAAUAUGGAUGAAACUAAUUAUACUGAUGGAAGAAGUAGUAUGACGAUCAAUGACCAGUAUCAAAAGCCUUUUUUAGGACUCAUAAAACAUGAUAAGGUUCACAAGUUUCUAAACAAAUAUGGCAAUAGUCUUCCAGAAAAUGGUGAACACUAUGAUGAUUAUCCAGAGGAAAUUUAUCAUCCUGUGAAAAAUGUUGUUUAUUCUGAUGACAAUGAUGAUUAUUUCAUAUGGUAA